AUGAAGAAUCUGAAUGAAGACUCAGGGUCGACGGGAACUACUAAAGUCAUCCUCUCUAAGUUCCCUAAGCGCACUCGGGAGAAAGUUGGCGAACUGAAGAAGAGGGGAGAUCCUAUUUGGACAGUGGAAGAUUUGUUGAAUGCCCUCGACACAGUCGUGGGACAGCUCGAAGUAGACCCAGAUCUCCAUCUCGCUACGCGGAUUAUCAGCCAUGGUAUAGAUCACCACCUGGCAGAAGCUGUGUUAGCCCUGGUUCUUCACCUGAGCAGUGUGGGCAGACAACAUAGCGGUACGGAAAGAUCAGUUCGAGACUUGUCAGGUCACGAUGCAGCGGUAUGGGAAAAUCCCACUAUAGUAGACGCCGAUACCAUCAGGCGAAAAGACGAGAAAGUUAGGGUCGUGAGCGAUUCUAUCCACGCUCAAUAUCCUCAGAAGUCCUAUCAUCCACAGUUACGCGCUAGUAAGGUUUCGGCAGAUUGUCACUCAGAAGAUCAACGUGGCAGAUUCCGUGCAAGAUCUGAUGAUGCAAGCCAAGAAGAUCAAGUACGACUCAUCGGACUGACCGAGUCGAGACGACGUCACCCUCUCAACGCCGUAUAUGAGACUGGAGAAGAACUGUUCUUAGGAACAUGCGACAGUAGAGGUGUUGGUGGAGUUGGCGUCCUCGUCAAUACGAGAACGGCAAAGAACAUCGACUCUUUCGAACAACUUACGACCCGAAUCGGACGUCUGCGGAUGAGAAGAUGUGGCCCAAUACCAGCUUUGACUAUCUUCGUCGCUUACGCUCCAACAUCAAGCUACGAAGAAGAAGUCGAAGCUUUCUAUAUGGACCUGGAGAAGUUCUACCGAGAAGAUCAUGCCUUCUACAAGGUCAUAAUUGGCGAUUUCAACGCUAAGGUUGGCCCAAGAAGAACGCCGGAGGAACUUCACAUCGGGACCCACGGCCUACAAUGGAAUGACCAGGGGAAGAGACUCUCCGAGUUCAUCAUGACGACUAAGACCAUCCAUCGGCAACUAUCGUCCAAUCUGCCUACUGUCCGUCAUCUACAAGCUCUUUACAAGAGUGAUCCUUAA